AUGAAUUUGUCAUCGGCGCGCACACACACACGCGCAUGCCGUGAGUAAUCUCGAUCAUCUGCUCCGCCGUUUCGAUGUGUAUGCGAUGGGAAUUUAAAUAUGACAUUUUGAUGGAACUGCUAUGAUAUCACCGGAGCGUGCUACGCCUUCCGAGCUGGUAUUCGAUCUAGAAAAACGAUCAGUGUGCAUGACGCGAGCGUCCACCGCGAACGACACUAACGGAGCGAACUGUUAUUUUGAUAAUUAACGCCACACCUAAGUCACGCAGUUUAUUUCAUUGUAAACGCUCCAAGAUAGGUCCGCUUGCUCGUACAUCUAGCGCACGUGCACGAGGAGUACUGCAAAGUUGGCUGUGACACUGUAAUCUCGCCGAUUGCAGGCUCCACGAUCCCCCUAUCGAGAUUACAGUCGUAGAUGCGUUUGAAUUCUAACAUUCGGAUUCGUAGGUGAACGUUCCGGUGGACGUACAUCUCCGUACGAGCUCCCUUCCGUGGUGUGUUGAGCAGGUCUGUGCGUAAACGGCGUGACAAGCGGUAAAACUUGUAUUCAUGCCUUUUUGCCUGAGGAAUAGCGCGACUUGCAAAAUGGAAGAAUACUCAGUCGCGUCUGACGUGUCGGUGGUGGACGUGUACGACAUCGCGUCCGAGAUAGGGAAGGAAUGCGAGAAGCUCAUCGACCUGUUCGGAGUGGAGUCGGUGACCAAUCUCAUGCCGAAGGUGAUAAACGCCUUGGAGCUGCUGGAGAAUCUCGCCACCAAGAACGAGCGUGAGAACACCAUGGUGCAGGAGCUAAGCACCAAAAUCUCUCAGCUUGAAAGCGACAAGAUUGGCAAGGCCGAAGAUAGACAACGAUUUGAAAAGGAACUAGAGCAGAUCGAAGAACAUUGGAGACAGGAAUCUCGUGAUUUAGUAGCCAUGGUCACUAGAUUGCAGGAGGAGAAUAGACGAUUGGCCGAAGCGUUGCAAGAAUCUCGUAGUGAUACCAUUACAGCUAGUCAGGAAGUCGAUGUGGCUGUUUUGCAGCAUUUAAGGUCCAUGAUAGAUAAACAGAGAGAUCAGAUUCGCGCUAGAGAUCGAGAACUGUCACAAAAGACUGCAGAAAUUGAAAAUUUGACUGCACAAGUGGAGAAACUUACCGUACUUGGGCGAGAAUUGAAACGUAAACAACGACAAGCGCAAAUGCAGGCUCGAGGUUUGGUGGAGGAAAGAGCUGACUUUUUAGCUCAGUUGCAAGAUCAGAAUCGAGAACUGAUUAACCUCCGAGGUCGACUUGGCAUGGCUAAGAAGGAAAACGAAGAUUUAAGUAAAUUACAAGGCUACCCCGAUCUAACAAAUAAGGCAGUUUAUGACUUGGACGAUCCCGAUCGACCCAGAUUUACAACUGCUGAAUUGAAAGAGAUUUUGCAUGAACGGAACGAAUUGAAAGCAAGAGUUUCGGAUUUAGAAGACGAGCUAGAACUCUACCGACCAAAGCCUGAAAUUCCAGAGGAUGACAAAGAUGCACCCGUACAGGGGCCGCUUCCUUACGAACCAGAUGAUGCACCUUGGAAAAAGUCAUCCGAAUCCGGUAUUCGUAAAUUCUUCCGUAAAAUAUUCUCCGAGUCUAGCAGUAGCUUCCUUGGAGGUAGCAGUCCCAGACGGAGUCUCUCUAGUCUUUCAAAGAUGGCCCUAUCCGGUAGCAGUACCUGUGAUACCACUAUAUAAUGCUUUCUUAAAAAUGCGUUGGAUAGUUUUAAGUAAUUUUGAUCGAAUAACCAGGAAUAAUAUAGUUCUUAUAAAUACACUUUUUAUUCACAUAAUCACGUUUUCUGACUGCUCGGUAAUACAUGCAUAUGCAAUUUUAAUGUAGACGUGGACUCCUGUAAGAAGAAUAAUUCAUGUUAUUAAGACCUGGUUCAUGGUAGAUAAACGUGUGCAUGCAAUGAGUGAACUUGAAAUAUUAGACUUACCUGUAUAAAUCUCUAGCGAAGGAAGAGAUAUGCAUGUAUAUACUUGUAUAGUUGUAAAAAUAGGACAGUGUGUAUUUAACUGCACGACCUUAGUACAACGUUCAAGCUUGCUCAGUAUUUUCCAUUUUGAUACCCUCAAAUAUAUCAAAUUCAGAUGAAAUUAGUGUAUAUACCGUACUCAGGACAAUGUAGGAAAGAGUAGACGAAACAACAUUCUCAAUUUCUUCCAAACUUACUAAGUGCGUGUAGUUUCAAGUGCGCAUUGACGAGGUUCUAAUUGUAUCUAAUAUGAAACAGGUCUCGUUCUACACAGACACCAAAGUACCCAAUUAUUAUCUAUAUAGCUAAGUUUUCAAAGUUUUAUAUCUUAUCCUUGAUCGAUAAUUUAUUUUAUUUCUAUACAAUGUUACCAAUGGAUUAACAACUUGUUGUAACUUUGUAAUUGAACGUAAUUAUUAGAGUAUAUUCAAUACUGACAACUCGUAUAAACCAUUUUUUAGCUGUAUCUUUAUUUGUUAACUUUUUAAUAUGUUUCGUAUCUUGAAUGUCAAAGAACAUUUAUAAUGUAAUUAAAACAUACAAUGUUUGAACACGUAUCGCAUUUUUUUGUCGUUGCAUUUUAUACAUAGUUGAUAAGUAAUGACACUUUAAAUUCACGAUGUAGACUUAUAUUACUCAAUUUUUCUACAAUAAUUUACAAUUCCUUGAGAAAAUAUGUGCUAUAUCGAAUCGGAUAUAUUUCAAAACCUGUGCCAUUUUUUAAUGUAAGAAUGAAUGUGCUUUCCUUUAUAUUAUAAUUGUAAAUAUUCUCGUAAAAUAAGUCGACAUAGCUGAUAUAUUUACGUCAAUAGGUACAUGAUAUAUUCUAGAGAGAAAUAAUAUAUCUUCCUGGAGGAAAAAAUAUAUACAGAGUGCCCAUAAAGGAGAUAUCAACGCUCGCGAAGCAGGUCGAGUUAAGUGAAGCAAGUCCUGCAUUUUAUAAGCAUGUAAAAUUCUGAGAUAUUAAGUAAAAUGGAUUCCCAAAUGAGAGCACGCUUUGCGCACAAAGGUGAUAUGCAUCUAAGUUGUGGAGUGCUCUCAGCACACCAUAAUUGUAUUGACGAGGAUAAAUACGCAGCAAAAGGAGAAGGAUAAUGCACUAUUGGCAUCCUUUUCUCAUAUUUUUUAAUAGUUACCUAUUUAAAGUACUACGCCUACCGCCUCAAGGUGCUAUCAUUUGACAAUCCUCUUUACUUGAUAUCUCAAAAUGUUACGUGGUUGUCUGGAAAAUGAUACAGAAAGUUUUUUUCAAUUCAACCCGUUCUAUCAUCUCACGAGCGUUGAUACCUCUAUUACCGUAUCAUAUAUAAAAUCUUCUGCAAUGAUAUAUAGGAAAGUAAAUACUGUGCGAAUGCGAGAAUACUAAAAAUUUCCAUUACAAAAGAUUCGUUGCAAUCCAUGUUGUAUUAAAAUUGAUUGUUUAUAAAUAUAAAGUAGUUGUGUUAUUGCAAUACCUACUUCAGCACUAUUUAUUAAUUUUUGAACAAUUUGACGUUUUCCAAAAACUGAACAAUAAAACGGAAGGUGAGUUUAAGAUAAAAUAGAUUAUAAUACAAUAUUGAUCAGAAAGUCCAUGCCAAUCCCAUUAGCAAAAUUCAAACGCACAGCUCUGCGUUAAGAAUUAAUACAAAAUUUUACAUCUAAACUCUGCCAAAACAAUCCGUGCAAAUCUUGCGGUAACGCAAAAUUUUGUACUAAUUUUUUGGGUUGGCAUGGACUUUCCGAUCAACCGAAUAUAAUGAAGAAUAUGUAAUGAAUGUGAUUCAGAGCUGUAGCAAAUAAAUCUUUGAUCCAUUUUGUAAC